AUGCGAUUCCGUUUUUGUGGUGGUGAAGAUUGUGCUGAUUGGAUAUUGGCUGAAAUCUUUACAUUAUCCAAACUAAGUUCAGUUAAAUUGAAACUAUUAUGUCAACAAGUCAUCCAAGCAAUAUUAACAGAUAAUUUAAAUUUUAGUGAAGCACAAAAAUUAGUUAGUGAUAAAUUUGAGAGUGGUGAUUUAAAAGCAUCAAUUCGUGCUUUACAAUAUAUUCUUACAAUGUCAGCUAAACAUUCCGUCGAUGGGCAAUCUUUAUUAAAUGAACUUAUACAACUUGGUCUUCCUAAAGAACAUGCAAAUGCUUUUGUUAAAGUCUAUGAUGAAAAUUUUGACAAAUUAAUUGAUAAAUUACGAACAUCUAUUAUGCGAUUAACUAAAAUGAAUGAUAUUCAAUGGAAUAUGUAUGAUAUAAAAGCGACAAAUAAUUUACAUGAUAUGCAUUUACCUAUAGUAACAAUGAAUUUAAAUUAUGAUGAUAAUUUAGAAAAUCAAUCGAAAUCGAUUUCAUUUUCUAUGAAUGCAGAACAAUUUGCUGUUUUAUUUUCUGAUUUACAAGCUGCGAGAGAUUUAAUAAAAUUUUAUUCCAAAUCUUGA